CAUGUUCUUCCUUUGUGGCCUUGCGCGAAUUCGGUUAAGCUCAGCAACCGCACUUUUAACCUGGCACGAUCUCGGUAUUCUUUCGAUACCACGAGGUCGCCAACAAAUACAACUCGACUACAGCCAUCAACUGCCUUCUGAUAUUUGACUUACGGGGAUAUUAUCGGUUAACUGGCACGUAGUCAUCCUGUAGUGCUGAUCAUAGUCAACCGCGACUCGAGACCACACUACAACUGGUGAACCAAAUCUAAGAAUAAGUCUCAACCUCUGGUCAAAUCUUCCAAAGAAGCCGAUUGCGGGCAACCAAGAAUAAAUGCUUUAGAAGAAGAAGAAGAGCAAGCUCUGCGUGCACUGAACCUACAGGAUGACUCAUAAGACUGUUUUGUAAACUAGAUCUCCCUUCUGUACAUAACCCGCGAAUUUUCAAAUAAACGACUGGUAGUUCUUAUUCCGUGUUCUCUCUCUGGUGUGAAUUGCUCGGUUAACAUUGUGUGUGUUGUGGUUUUAGGUCUUCCCGACUUUCAGUGACCGCUGAUUACAUGUGUUACAAUGGUUAUCGACCAGUUUGACAGGUUGACCUUGAAGGGAUCGGUAACCUACAACAUUGGAUGAUACCUCGACCAAUCACAUUGUUCAUAGUCCCUAUGUUUGCGUUGUGAUGUGCUUUAUACAUUUUGAAUAAAAUGCAAUCAAUGAGACGACUGAAGUUCUUUUUGCCAUAUUGUAUCAUAACAUUGGGGAGUGCGUUUCCUUUUGGAUAUCACAGUGGAGUGAUAAAUGCACCUGCUGACCUGAUCAAAAGCUUCAUAAAUACUACUCUGGUUGCUAGGUCAGUCAGAUGUGAUGGACGUUGCGUCGACUUGAUAUGGUCACUCUGUGUUACGUCAUUCCUCCUUGGGGGAUUUUUUGGAGGCUUGAUUGGUGGUGUUUUGGCUAACAAGUUGGGCCGGAAAAAAUCCCUAUUUCUACUUUCUAUCCCAACUGUAAUUGGGUCACUCCUGAUGAUGUUUUCGAAAAUGGCACAAUCUUUCGAAAUGAUUAUUUUUGGGAGAUUUACAAUUGGGAUAGCUUGUGGCGCUCAUACAGUCGUUGGGCCUAUGUUUUUGUCAGAAAUAGCUCCUGUCAAUUUCCGUGGAGCUGCGGGAACUUUCAAUCAGUUUGUGCUUGUUUUCGCUAUAUUGCUGUCACAAGUGCUUGGUCUGCCUGAAGUGAUGGGGACAACUGAAUUAUGGCCAUAUCUACUUGCUUUAUGUACCGUUUCCAGUGUCAUACAUAUUUUACUUCUGUCCAUUUGUCCUGAAAGUCCUACUUACUUAUACAUUAUUAAAGGUGAUCGUCGAAGGUCAGAAAAUGCAUUGGUUUACCUUCGAGGGCAAGAUUGCGAUGUACAUGCUGAAUUAGAACUACUAAAAAUGGAGACACAACAGUCAUCUACACACAAAUCAAAUUUUUGCGACCUACUACGUAUUCCAUACUUGCGAUGGGGACUGAUUGUAGCUUUGGUACUACAUAUUGGCCAACAGUUUUCCGGUAUAAAUGGAAUUCUUUACUACUUCGUAAGUUUAUUCAUAUCGAAUGGGUUAACAAAACAGGUUGCAAGCUAUGCGAAUCUUGGUACUGGAUUUACUAUUCUAAUUGGUUCAUUGGCAUCCAUUUUUAUUAUCGAUCGGAAAGGCAGACGUCCUUUAUUAAUGUUUGGAAUAUCAGCUUGCCUUUUUAGCCUCUUACUAUUCACUUUAACUUUGAUUAUUAAACGAGUGACUGAAAUCAAUAAACUCACAAUUCUAUCUAUUGUAUUGACAUAUACGUUUUUAUUUGGAUUUUCAGUGAGUUUAGGUAAGUCAGUAAGCAAGUAUUUUGAUUUCUGCAUAGUUUUCCCAUGUAUGGUGACAGUAUUACUGUGUAUACUACUGUUGAAGAAGCAACUUUCCAAUUAUUGUAUUAUUUAACGUUGAGGCAGAUAGUAUCUAUUUUGAAAUUGAGUGUACAUUUUGCGUAUUUGCAUAAUUUCUCUUUAUUUUAUUCAUCAGUUACUAGUAAAGCAAAUGCAUUUUAAGUGAGUUGAGGCAAUCGGUAGGAAACUAUAGCCUAAUUUUUGCGUUAGUUGGCACUCGUCAGCAAGGCGUAACUGUAAUCUUGAGGGUACUGAUGCCUCCUAUGGAGUUCAAACCUCCGUCACUCAGCACCACAUCUUAAUAUGUUAUUACUGAAAUGUUCGAGUGGCGACCGACACUUAAAAGGACUACAGUAUUUUCAGUUAUUCUUCGCUAAUUAGUAGCCAAUAUCAUGCUUUUUUAGUUCUUGAUAGACUAGCAUUUGUUAUAAGUAAAAGUAGUUGAUAAUAACAGUCAGUUCGCGGAUUGAACUACUUCUCAAUAUUACAUCGAAUAAUGUUCAGGCAUCUCAGAACAAAUAACUGCAUCAUUUUGCCCCAUCUUUUACACGGUAUUUUUCGAAAUUUGAUAACAAAUUAGAUAACUGUAAAAUAUCUGAUAAAAAUGCUAUCAGGAUUCAAACUUUAUUUUUUAAACUGCUGCAUUGUUUUUCAUCUAGUGUUACAGUUUAUUAUUAAAAUAUUCUCUUGACUUUUAGGUGACCACUAAAUUUCCU